AUAAAAAAAAAAAAAUCUAAUUUAGAAUUUUUGACAGGUUGUGUAUAGAAUGAAGUCUUCACAGCUGAUGAAUGACGACGAGUUUAGCUAUUGAAAAUCAUCGACGAAAAACGACGAAAUCGAUUUUUUAUCUACAAGCAAAAUUAAAUGAUUGCUUUACAUAGAUAGUACGAAUUAUUGCCAGCUGUUACUUUUUCACGUCAUUGAUCAAGUCAGGAUACAUUGCCUCGACGGUGAGACGAAAAGUUCCGAAAGAGUUGAUUUACCAGAGCAAUUCGAUAAGAAGAGUCAAGAUCUCGGUUUACAAGCGACAAAUAAAGAUUUACAUUAAACUAAAAAUAUUUUAAUAUUAAGAGAGAUGUAUAUGAAAUAAGAGUCUUAUAGGAAGAGACGCCAAAUCAAGUCAACUAUUGUCGCGUUAUUUUUUUAUUUUUAUGAAAUAACACUCUUUAAAUCCUAAAUAUGAAAUUGGACGAUGCGUUCAACGAAUUACAAAAUUGCCAAGAUGAUGUACCAAUCUUUCGCAAAUUGAUAAGCACUGUAUCCUCGCGCAAUUCUUGCGCGGACGGAGGUGUGAAAGAAUGCCGGACGAUUCUGACUUACAUGAUAGAGAUAAUCAGUAGUAAUUCUGAAUUGGGAAAUGAACGUGUCCUGUUAGCGUGUCACGCGUUCUAUGCUUUGCUUUCGACGCGUUGUGAUUUACGAUAUCUCGAGGACACCGUGAUGCAUUUCCAAAGACUGGAUUCCCACGACUUGUGCUUUCUCGAGAAGCGAUACAUCGUUUCUGAUCUUGAACUGUUCAAGCUACUGAACGCUUAUGGAUAUUUGCAGACGAAUCGGAAGGAGAUGCAUUUUGAAUAUGAUGCUCUCUUGCUUAUGUUUGAUACGAUAUACAGAAAUUGUAUGAAGUACACGAGAUAUUCUUACUUCGCGUACAAAGUACUACAUGUAUGGUUGAAGAAGUUGAAGAAGACGUCCGAUGUGCGCUUUUGGCAUAAAUGUAAUUGUAUAAUAGAACGAAAAUUGGAGGCUAUCAUAUUUUCUAAUUGGUCAAAUGCGCUUAAUGAUAUAUCCAAGCAAAACGCACAAAUUUUCAAUAUAUAUCUUCGGAUAAUGUUACAGAAGUAUAAAGAAACAUUUGUACAACAUAGCUUUUACCUUUGCACUUUCAAUAUGCCGUGGCAAAACGAAAUCAAGUAUAUUAUGCUGGCGGAAAUUUGUCAAUUAUGGGAUAUUAAAAAUCAAUGUAAAGCAAUGAUAAGGAAAGAUUUUUUAUUUGAGCUAUGUUUUAGUUUAACGAAACAUUCUUUGCGUUGUGGCGGCACGAAACUUUACCUGGUAAUUUUAAAGCAACUCAGCGAGGAUGAAUGGAAGAAAUCUUUCAAAGAAGUUAUGAAAUCAAUUAUUAAUCUCUGGGAGUCGGGAGAGCAUGAGGAUCACAACGCUCUUCAAUCAUUGUUUAAAUGUUGGCUCGAACCGACCAUACAAAUGUAUAGGAAUAUCCUACCGUUUUUAUGGGAAUUAUGUGGCGAUUUGCAAGGAUACUUCUUUCGUUCGCAUCUGCAAAGAGCGGCCGCUAAAUUACGCAUAGAACUACCAGAAAUGCACGAAAUCGAUCUUUACCUAACCGAUAAAGAAGAAAUUGUACAAUUAAACGCCUUUGCUGUGCUUUGCUAUUGUGUUGUCGAUUUGAUCGACAACGUUGGAGACGUUGGAGAUGAAAAGGACCCAUUCUUUCGAAUAAAACAAUUUCUGUGGUUUAAUGCGAAUACCGCAACGAUUGUCAUGAGAGAAGGGAUAAUGAAAUAUUUCAGACUAUUGUGCUCGAAUAUUUUAAAAAUGAUUAACAUUAAAGCCGCUAAUAUAAAUUCCAUCUCUGAGUUCAUAGAAUGGUUGCACGAAUUUUUUUUUGAUUGCUUCGAAAUUAGUUCGUGUUAUCAACGCAAGAUUUUUGCUUUAAAUUUGUACAGAAUUCUGCUCUCUUUCAUGAAUGGGAACUCGCACGAGAGCUGCGCUCAUCAUAGGGAAUGUCUUCGUUACAUCACAGCGAUCGACAAGCACUUGAAGAUCUCGAAUAGUUGGAAAUUUACCGACAAGGAGAGUUUAUUUCUAUUAUUGAGACUCGUAUUAGAUUCUGCUCUCGAUAUCAGACAAUUAGCUACUGCUCUUAUCCUGGAAUAUUUUGAAAAAGAUGUUUUAUCAGCCAUGGAAAAACGGGUACUCUAUAAUUGUGCAUGGGAGCACUGCAAUUCUUCCAAAUUCUACAAAAUCGAAAGUGGAGCAGCUCUCAUAAAAAUAAUGGCACACUGGUUGCCCUUGAAUGAGAUUUACAAAGAUGAAGCUUUUAUAUUAUCUCAUACUGAAUAUAAUAAUUUUCUCGCUUACUCGAGUUACUCAGAAUUUCUAUUAUAUGAAGCUCGAUGUCAAUUGGCGCAGAUGAAAAGCGAUAUUCUGAAAGCUAUUGUCCAGAAUAGACCUUUUUAUGGUGUGCUGACUGCUUUGCUGUCAGUCGCUUUUCAUGCUGGCCCAGAGAAUUGGAUCUUAACACUGCAAUUUACAGAAGAAAUGCUACACCUUUUAAAAGAUGCCAUCGACUUCUUUUUAUCUACAUUAUCAGCGAAAGCAUCAGAUACAUCGCAAAUUUAUUCAUCCUCGUUUGCGGAAAUGGGAUUAGCUAUCGAUGAAAAGAUUAAGACCAGUGAAAUCGAGACUGCUAAUAAUUAUGACGAAUUACAAUUAUCGCCGGCACAUCAAGUGCUUGUCUCUUGUAUCUGGAUGUCUUUAAAGGUAUCAUGCGAGAUAGUCAGCAAAAUUGGGAUGUUGAUGCAAUCGAAUGCGCAAGUAAAAUAUUCCAUGGAUAUUAUUGUUACAGUUCUAUUAAAGUGUCGGCACAAAGGUGUAGUAGAAUCUGCUGGAGUGGCGAUUGCAAAUUUAGCCAGACGUUUAUAUGACCGAAAGAAAUAUUCUGAAUUGCCAAAAGCAUAUCUGACUAAUCUGUUGGAGAAAGACACAGAAAAAUCAUUGCAUUUAACACGACGGGGUGCCGGAUUGUCAAUUAUGUUUCAUAGAUUGGUCGUCAGUGAUAAUCGAAGAGAUCGACCUACAGUCCAUUUCGCGGUGCGGAUGUUAUUAGACUCUCUGAAAGACUUUUCGAUGACGGCUGUUAGAGAGGUGGAGGCUGGACAGGACUCACCAUGGGCGAGACGUCUGUACUUUUUGCGGAUGUUAGUCAUUGAUAAGGAGAUACACGCGCAAUUAGUCCCGUAUAUGGAGGACAUUUGUUUAACAUGUUUCGAGUACAUCAAGUCCGACGUUUGGACCGUAAGGAACGCGAGCUUACAGUUGUAUGGAGCGGUGGUGCCGAGAUUGGUGGGUCAAUGUUCCGGGAGAAGCUUGGACGGAGAAUUGGACUUUGGCUACGGUUACUCCAUCAAUCAUUUCGUCACACAUUAUCCGACGUUGGCGAGCCGCAUGUAUACGCAGCUGCGAGACGUGUCGAAGAUCCAUGGAACUUCGAACGCGGCGUUACGUUCCUAUUCGAGCAUCGCGCAUAUCCUCGUACUUUUGUCAAAGUUGUCGACCAACGACUACGAUCUCGUUGAUUAUCCCGUGACGAUUGUAUUCACAAUGAAAGUCAAACGUUUGCUCGUCUCUUUUCUCGGUAAUCCGAUGAUGCAUAUCAGACAACUAGCGGCUAAAGUUUACACGGCUUUCACGCCUAUCUCUAAUAUUUAUUCUGAUUUAAGCGCGAUAGCAAAGGUGAUUCUUACAAGUCACGAUAUCAAUAUGUCGCAUGGAUAUUUAUUAACUUAUGGAUAUUUCAAAAGAAAGUGUAUCGAUAAUGAUAAAAAUUCCAUAUGGCGUAAAUUCUCCGAUAGUAAAAGAGAUUAUGAAUUUCCUUGGAAAGAUCAGUAUAUCUUAAUAUCAAUGAUAUGGACCGAUAUGUAUGAACAACAAAAAGCAGCGCAACCAUGUUAUAUCUUGGAAACAUUAUUUCUACAAGAAUCACCUUCGUUAUCUUCGAUGUGCUUCUUUUAUACGUCAGUUUUCUAUCAUAAUUUACCGAUAAUCGAGAGUAUAGUAUCAUCGCAAAAAGUUCAACCAGGAUUUUUUCAAUUUGUUGGACAUUGGGCGCGACUGUACGCGAUGCAUUUUAAAUUAUGCGUUGAAAGAAAUUGUGCGAUUGACGAUUUUGAGCGGCAGGUAAUAUACAAUAUUUUACAAUCAAAUUGUACGGAACAAAGUAUUGAAUUCCUAAAUGGUUUGUCGUAUUGCGUUCCUUUGCUCGAAUUUAUUCUCAACUACUUGAUAUCGAUGAGCAAUACUCAUUGUCACCAAUUACUAUUCGACGAAAUAAUAACUUUCGCGUUGAACACUAUAAAGCAUGCUAGUUCGCAAGGUAACGAGUCGAAGUUUGACAAGAUGAUAGAACAAUUCGAUAAGAUGACCGAUUCGAAUAUGAUUCGCGUGAGAAAUUCAUUGAUCCUAGCUUUUUCCAAGAGCGAAACGCUGAUAAGUCAAGUACUGUCGUACGUUUUCAAUAUAUGUAUGAAUGAAAAGUUAUCUGCGCGAUUGACGGCAGCUGAAUAUAUUGAGCUUGCGCUUUAUCGUCACGCAAAACUAGAAAAUAGCAAUAGAUUGACGAUUAUGCGAUGUUGCUUGAUUCUACUGAAAGACGAAGUUGCCGAGAUACGCGAGAUCGUGUCAACCGCGUGGCAGAAGCACGUGUUCUCGUCCUGUCGAUUGCAACAGGAAGAGAUCGUGUACCAAAGUAUCUUAUCGGACAUUAUUCGACUCGAAUCGAUUGCCGACGAUGACAUGGAUUUUAUACAAUAUUUUACGCGCGCUAUACGCAAAGAUUUUGAUUUUAUUAGCGCAACAAUCGAGAAUCCAUUCAAUCACGAUGACAGUACUUUUUACAGAGAGGAAUCUAAAUUUUUAAACAUGUGUUUUCUCCUUUAUAAUGCUUCGAGUGAUAAUUGUGAUAUUCGUGAAGAUGCCAUAUGCGCGAUACAAAAAGGACAUUUUAAGCAACUUCGAGAAAAAGCUGGCUUUAAUCACGAUAAUUUGCAAGUGAUUUUAUACUUAAAAGAGAUGGAUUAUCUAACGCGGAAAAGAGAUAUUGUUGUACGAGAGCGAAAUAGUCAUUCUCAAUCAUCCGCAAUUUCUAGUUUGAAACCGUAAAAUGCAAAAUUAUAUCAGUUCAGGUAUCUAUAAUCAUAAGAUGAUGCAACUUCUGUGUACAAAACUGUUAAUAGUAUCUCAACUUCUCGAAUUUGGAAAAAUAUCAUUGUAGUUUUUCAAAAUUGCGUUUUCAUUUAAGUUCACUUGAUAUUAAUUUUUUAAUAUAUGUAUAUAUAGAGAACAGCGACAUGUAACAGCGAAUUGUGGUUAGACAAGUAUUAAUAAGUUGCAACCAACUAUAUAUAAUAAAUAAUUACUGAGUGAAACUAAUAUGAAUAAUAUUAAUUGAUACAGUUAUUUAAAAACGAACUUGUAUAUUUUGCAUUUACCGGCUGCAAUUAUUGCAAGCUAUUUCAUCAAUAAACUGGCGUAUAUAAUUUAACAUACUAAUCGGCGGAUAUAAUUUAAGAACUGAAGAGGAAAAUGAUAAAGAUGUGCCAAUAAUUAAUACAAGAUCUCUUAGAUAAAAUUAUACGAAAAUGAAUGAACAUAAUUAGAAAAUCAAUUAUGCGACAAAAUGUUUGAGAGAUUUUAUACUUUAAGUCUAUACCGGUUAAUAGAUAACAUUAACUCUAAUUAUAUUGUAUUCUUGAAAGAAAAUAUAAGAAACAAAUAAUUUUACAA